GAGGCGGGUCCAUGUGGGAGGUGGGCGUGUUAGGUGGGAGGUGGGCGUGGCUAGCGAUGUAGCCGAGGCCGGGAAGCACGUGUUCGUGUUGCGAGUCCUGUACGCGGUGGUGUCAAGGAGAGAUGGAAUUUCACCGCCCAUGCGACGGGGAUGUUGGGGCGGAAAGAUGCCGUCUCACGACCCCCCCCCCGUUUAAUUUAAUAGCAAAAUACUUUAAAAAAAAAAUGUACGACAUAAACAAUUCCACAAAACCGCCCGUCACUGUAAGUUAGUAAGCUUGAAGGUGUCACAGGGCUCUGUUUUUACUGCAGCUGAAUGUUGUCAGAAGAUACCGAGGCAUGUCUUCUGCAGUAGUUGACGGGGUCGCCGCGCAAGUGAAAUCUAUAUUUAUUUUAUGCUCCAUUUCUGAAAUACAGUACUGGAAAAAAAACUUUAAAUUGCUUCAAGGUUUAUUUUAUCUACCCAUUCUAUGUUAAAUAUUUAUGAUGACUUAUAAUUAAGACAAGUUAUGUAAGAGAUAGAAAUUAAUGCACACGACAUAGAAGUUAAUCUUACAGAAUACAGAAUGUCAGGUAAUUCCUAGCAACAAAAUUGUUUGGAAAAUCAAGUAAAACUGAAAGGACCUGACCUUUUUUAUUAUUAUCAGUUAAUCUGAUAAGCUCUCCAGCCUUUACUCUUGCCUGUUAGGAGGAAUAUACAUUUAUAAGCCUCAUAGUUACUCAUAAUUUAUUCCCUGUAAAUUAUCCCAUCCUUAACAAUAUAUUCAGAAUUAAAUGAAGGGGAGGAUAUUACUUUUUGUAACUAUCUCUGUUUAGCUUUUUGAAUUUUAUUUGAGUUCCUGUAAUUGUCUUCUGUGUUAGUCUCUGGGCUGUUACCAGAAAGAUAUCUUAAGCAUGUAAUGGCCUCUGCUGUCCUUUCUUAUUUGGUUUGGCUACUUUCUUAUAAAUAUAAAAAUAUUAAGAACUUCAGUAGUAAAGGGCAAAUAAAAAAUACUGAGCUUUGGAGUUGUGAGUUCAAUUCCUUUGUAAGUGAUACAUUGAAAUUGAUUUGGGUAUAUUAAUCAGACUUGAACAUAAUUUAAAAUUUAUUUCUGCAAUUUAAUUUGAUAAACAGUUUCUUAAAUAGGUAUACUAUAAAAAGUGUUCAUUUUUCCAUAUAGUUUUUUCUGACAAUUUAAAUAUUUAAUUCUUGACUUAUUCGGCCCAUACACUUUUUAUAUUUUAUUUUUGGGUGAAGAAAAAUAAUUUUAAAAUGGGUUAUUUGUAUUUUAAAACCCUACCUGUGUGAGUAGGUUGCUUCAGCAGGUUUUUUAUUUAUUUUUUUAUAAACAGGAGGAAUCUACAUGUUUAAAAGAAAAAGCCUCAGAAUGUUUGAUUGUCUACUUCCUACCUUUGAAGAAGUUCAUCAUCUUCAAUAGGCAAUCCAAAGUAGAAGAGUGGAAAUGUGGUUUUUUUUCUUUAAAAAAUUCUCUCUCCUAAAAGUGGGGAUUAAACAAGCUGAACUUUGCUUGGAAAUGUUGAUUGUGUGAAAAAUAUUAUUUUUUAAAAACAAAUAAAUCAAAUUUAAGAAAUUAAUAGACCUCAAAUGUAGAAUCUAUAGAUCUAAAUAACACUGAGAUGAACCUUGCUGUAAUAACUUCAUAAUUUAAGAAAAUAAUAACCUGGCCAAGAGGUUAAGGCAAUAGACUGCUAAUCUAUUAUGUUCUGCAUGUGUGGAUCAAAUCUAACCUUAGUCAACAAAUCCUGAGAGCCAGUUAGUCUAGUGCACUGGUGUCAAACUCAUGGCGUAAUGUUGUCAUCAUAUGCCGUUUUGUGACUUUUCCCCCUUCAUAGAGUUGGGGUGGCCGUGGCUUGUAUGUGACACAUCCGUUCCACAGGCUGCCAGUUUGACACCCCUGGUCUAGUGGCUUAGACAGCAGAUCAGAAACCAGGAUACUGAGUUCUAGCCCACUUUUAUCAUGAAAGUAGUCUGAGUUAUUUGGAACCAGACACUCUCUUCCAGCCCAGCUUACCUCACAGAGCAUUUGUGGGAAAAAUAGGAGGAGGAAGGAAUGUAUGUUCGCCAUCUUCAGUUAUUUAUAAAAAUAAAUAAAAUUGAAGCCAAUACCUUUUUUGAAUGUUUUAACAAUUAGAUCUUAAGAUAAUGGAAUUAAAAAUGAACUAUAAGUUGUUAUUCUUCUCCAGAAACUCAAAUGAGUACAAAUGGGAUUUUGACCUUUUACUGGAUUUACAUGUUUUCAACUGUUUCUGCAACUUCCUAAGAAUUUCCUAAGAACAGACUGGUGAAUACCACAAAAGACAUGACUGGGCUGGACCGGUAUCCAAAGUCACCAUAUGCAAGGACAAAGAUGGAAACCCCAAGAGUUUUGGAUUUGUCUGCUUUAAACACACAGAGAAGUACUCACUCCCUAGAGUUAAGCAGUCCUUCCCAGAAUAUGGAUGAGGAUGUACAAGCAUCAACCUACAGGUAUGCAGACUCUUAUUGUGAUAUUCCAUUACCCGUUAGUCCUUAUCAGGUGAAUAAUAAUCCACAUCAGAUUUAUUCUGCCAUUCAGAGCAUGAUGACAUGUUUGACACAACAAUAUGUUCCAUACAGUCCAAUGGGACAGCCAUUUCUUUACCCACAGAUGACAUCGCAACAAUUUCCAAGUAUUCCAGUAUCAUCCUACAUGAACACUGGGCAAAAUUCUUCUGAAAGUGUCUACUCAGAGGCAAAAACCCACAGUCAAUAUCUUAUUACAAAAAAUACUCCCAAACGGAAAAGAACUCUGGAAGUUGGGGAGAACAAUAGUAGCAAAAAAAAUAAUAGGAAAAAAUACAGGAAAAAAUGAGUAAAAAUGUAAAGGGAUAAGUUAUUAAACACUAUAGGAUUCUAUUUAUUUAUAAAUAAUUCUAUUGUUAAAUAAAAGGAUAUGAUCCUGAUAUUUAUAAAAGAAAUAUCAAACAAACACACACACACACACACACACACACACACACACACAAAUGGAAUCUAAUUAUGUUCUCUGGAAAACAUGAAAAUUAAAUAAAGUUUAUUGAAAAACAUCUCAUUUUACUUGAAAGGAAGUGUGUGAUGUGUGUGUUGUUCUGACAACUAUGUUCAAACUAAGAUUUCUGAAUUACAAACAUAGUAAAAAUAUUGAAUUUUUAUAUUAUUCACAAUGUGAUGCAUAAAGUUUGUGGUUAAAGUCUAUUUUUGUGGGAAAAUAUAAGAUUCAUAUGUUGCCAUUGUCAAUGCGAAAUUGAUGAAAACUCAUUUAGCUAGAAAAAAAGUACUAAAAACAAGAUUGGAAGAUUGCUGAUUUGCUUUAUAUUUCUUUUCGAACAUAUCAGGCAUGGACUAUACAUGUUGCAAAGCAAAUCUAAAGCAAUAUAAAUGUCAACAGUGCAUAUUUGUGAAUUAUAUUUUGCUCUUUUCUAAAGUUCAUGAAAACAUCUGGAAACUCGGGAAGGGGGUUGCUUUCCGUUUCUUUACAUUCAUACAAAUUAUUUGUUCUCAACAGGUCCUGAAUAUUUUCUAUAAUCAGUGGUCAUAAUUUAAAGGGUAAUCCAUAUGUAGACACUAUCUCCCCCUGCCCAUCUUUUAAUUAAAUCGCUGUACUUUUAUUAUUGUUUGUUACAUUUAAAUUUUUAAUAAUUUUAUAUUUU